AUGUUGACAGAAGACCAGAUUGACGACGUCAUGUUCGACGCCCGAGGAGGCGAGCUCGAAAGCAUUGAAAAGUUCUUCUCCGCUCAGGACAAGCCCCUUGAGACCCUCAAAGAGGUCAAGGACCAGUACACAGAAUCCACCCCUCUGCACUAUGCCGCUGCCAACGGUCACAUUGACGUUGUCAAGUAUCUGCUUGGUUUGGUUGCAGAGGAUGCCGAAGCCCAGGCCGCUCUCAUUUCCGCCCAGAACGACUCGGGCAACACAGCUCUGCAUUGGGCAGCAUUAAACGGAAACCUGGACAUUGUCAAGCUGCUGUGUGAGGCCAAGGCCGAUCCCUUCGUCAAGAACCAGAGUGGACAAGAUGUGCUUUACGCCGCCGAGAACUUUGACAAGGAGGAUGUCAUUGACUACCUGCUGGAGAACUAUGAUUAUGCACCCAAGGAGGAUGAGAACAUCAAGAUUCGAUAUGAGGAUGAGGCUGACGAGGCUAACGAGACUGACGAGGCUGACGAGGCAAAGGAGGAGACCGCUGAGGAUAAGGAGACUGAGGAGGUUACUGACACCCUCAAGACCACUUCUGUUUAA